UUUAUCUAUUUAUAUAUAUAAAAAAAUGUACAGAUAGAAUGAGAUUAAAUCGAGAAAAAAUUAAACCGUAUGGAAACGAAAAAUGAAAAAAAAAAAAUAAAUAGAUAAAUCCGAGAUAAUCUCGUUCGUAACAAGCAAAAUAGACAUUAGGAACAAAAAGCUGAAUUGAUUUGUAUCUCGAGACUCAGUGCGUCUGACGAAAAAAAGCAAUCGUAAGUUUUCGCAUAGCAUGCAUAAAUAUCGCGAUAUUGAUUAAUCGCAUGUAACCCGAUCCAAAUACCAAUUCCAUUGGGUAAUUGUUCCAACAGUCUUUCUUUCGUGAAUUACAACAUUAUGUCUCACUAAGCAAUUUUUCAAAAGUUACGAAUUUUUUUCAUUCCUCGAUUGUUCUCAUUACGCGAAAAAUCGCCGAGAGUUCAACAAAGUUACGUUAAUCCUACGUGAUCGUUCGCGUUCUCAUAUCAAAAAUCUCUUCUUUUUUAAUACGCGCUCUAUACGAUGUAACUGUUUUUCUAACGAAAUUAAAUAAAAAUUUGCGAUAAAAAAUGAGGAGACAGUGGAAAUUCGAAUUAAGUCUUUUAACGUGCCUGGCAAUUUUCGUGACGGGAGAACCCUCGUUGAACGAUAUAACGCUGCAGGUGAACACGAGAAAGCUGGUCUCAGUGAGCAGUGAUAAAUUUCUCAGCCUUGCUAUCGAUCCGCUCGCUAUACUUACGUCCGACGAUGUCUUAGUGAAUUACGAAAGAAGUAUACGAAUGGCCAGGGCCUUAAGUCCCGCAUAUCUUCGACUUGGUGGGCCUCAAAGUAAUUCGUAUUUAUUCGAUGAACGCAACGACACGAACUACGUAUUCUCAGAAAGAAAUUGGAGACGGCUACAUCAAUGGGCUGGAAAGACUGGACUUGAUGUGGUUGCAUGCAUAUCACCAAGAUUCAUGAGUAACGAUAGCGAACUGGAUCUCGUUUCUUUGACCGAUCGAAUGGGUUUCAAUGCCAGCUGGCAAUUGGGAUAUGAAUGCCAAACGAGAUGCAACUUUAGCGGCGCCGACGUUGGAAGAUACGUUCGAAUUUUGCGGAAUAAAUUGAACGCCAUUCCGAGAUAUUCAAAUAGCAUUAUUACUGGACCGGAUGUGGUCGCUUAUGAGACUAAAGAACAACGGGAAUAUAUCGAGAACUUUUUUAGCGAGGCUGACGUAUUUCUCACAGCUGUCACAUGGCAUCCAGAUUUCGGUGGUGUUACUUGGAACGACGACGAAGGUGUUUUCAUGGAUCGUGAUCAAUUUUUAUCAGAUAACAACAAUCUUUAUAAAAUUGUAGAACGUGAUGCCGCGAACAAGCCACUUUGGAUCGCCGAAUCUAAAUACGAGAAAAGCAAGAAUCAAUUUCUCGGUGCACUCGCCUGGACCAACAGAUUGGGAAACAUCGCAAAACUCGGAAUACAAGUUCUAAUGAGACAACCAGCCGAUCUCUCGAAACCAACUCCGGAUUAUUGGGUAUCUGUACUUCACAAGAAACUAGUCGGUCGAGAAGUUUUAGAUACGAGGAUUCAAGUGGGUAACAAAAGUCAUGUGCAUUUUUAUGUACAAUGUACGAAAGCUUCGGCUAUCUACGAGAAAGGAGCAUUAACGAUUUUUGGUAUAAAUCUGACGCCAAUGAAAAUACGUGCAAAUCUAAAGGACUUAAAAAUAAAAAACCUUCACGAGUACGUUCUAACGCCAGGCUUCGAUGCAGAAAAUCGAAUGUUCUCGGAAAGCGUCCUUUUAAAUGGCAAACCAUUGAGUUUUUUCAAUGAGACGGAAUUGCCUGAAUUCGAACCGGUCGUAUCAAACAACGAAAAGGGUUUGUGUAUGGAGUUACCAUCAGGUGGUAUAGGAUUUUGGGUUGUCCCUGAUCAAAAGAUGAGAUUCUGUAUGGAUCAUGAGGUUCAAGAGGAAAAUCUAGUCGAAAGAACGUUAAAAAAGGAAUUGCAGGAGAGUCAGAUCAAACGGAACGAGAUACCGCGGAAAAGACGAUUAAUCGAUCGUCAGAAAACUAUUGCAUGUCAGGAAAAUAAGAAACGAAGGAGUUUAGUCAAGAGAGAAAUAGAUGGUAGAGAACGGAAAUUAAAGAAAAUCGACAUGCAAAAGCAGAUCGAGAAGUACGGAAAAGUUCUUAAGAGAAAACUGGCUCUAAAUGAGAUCAAAAAGUCUACGAGCGAAUCUGUCGAUCUUUCCGAUUCGUAUUCUAGUUGGAAAGCAAAUGAGACGGUGAAAAAUUUGAAAAGAUCUAAGAGAGAUCUCGACAAAUUUUUGUCCGAUUUUCAUAAGUCCGAUCAGAAAUAUAUACCUGAGAACAAUGCAAGAACGAACGAGCAACCUCGGAUUCUUUCGGGUUCGAAGAAAGAGAAAAGCAAUGAGAAUAAUUUUUAUAGAUUUUUCAGGAAGGAACCGAUGAAAAAUUUCCCGAACGGUGACGUUUUCUUAGAGACUGAUGAUUCAACGGAGAAAAAAAAGGAUUAUGAUUAUACGAAGGACGAGGAUGAGAAGAGGGAAAAAGUAGAAGAAAAAGUAUGGAAAGUACGGGCUAUGAAUAUAAGAACGAUCAAUCAUAUCAAACUCGACAAUACUGGGAUAGAUGUUGACGAUGAUUAUCGUGGUUAUAUACCGAAUGAAUUUUUCGAGACCGUGAACAUGCCGAAUGUGCGUAUCAAAGAGAAUUCGAAUGAUUACACGAAUGUUUUGAAUACUGAGAACAUUGAAAAACACUCGAUAAACAAAGAAAAUGACGAAAAAGACAACACCAAAACGGAAACCAUCGCAGACGGUGCUUCAGAUCUCGCUGAAGUGAGACGAAUCAAGGAAAAUAACGUGAAUAUGUUAAUGAACUAUUAUUCAGACUCUUCAGCCGGCAAAAGCAAUCAAGAGAACCUCGAAGAGUCUUCUGGAGUAAAGAUUCAAGGAUCCAAACUCGGAGACUCUAUCGUGGCUUCUCUAGGUAAAACUGAAUUAACGUUGCCUGAUAGAAGAAGAACGAAGACCGUUCCUAUCGAGAAAAACGAGAUGACGGAUCUUGAUGUUUUACAUUAUUCCAAUUCGAUCGGUUUGCCGAUGCACAUUCCGACUUAUAGCGAUUUGAAACAAGAUAAAAGAUCGAAGAGAAAAGUAAACGACUUGAAUAUGAUACUGGAGAAAGAGAUGAUCGAUGAGGAUGAUGAAAAUUUGAAGAAUUGUCGGUCUAGAGUGAUUAGAAAUUUGAACGAUGACUUGGAAUUAAUUCGUUGUAAAACAAAACGACAGGUAAACGAAAAUUACGAAGAAACUAUGGAAUCUGAUAGCGGUAACGUAAGGAUUUAUGAAACUGAACAUUAUGAAGAACCUACAGAAUCUGAUAACGAAGAUAAUUAUAAAACUGAACAUUAUGAAGAAACUACAGAAUCUAAUAACGAAAACGUAGAUAAUUAUAUAACUGAACAUUAUGAAGAAUCUAUAGAAUCUGAUAACGAAAAUCUAGAGAAUUAUAAAACUGAAUAUUAUGAAAAAUCCAUAGAAUCUGAUAACGAAAACAUAGAGGAUUAUGAAAAUGAACAAUCGAAAGAGAUCGAACAACAGUUGGUGGAAUCUAUUAAAAGAGAUUUCGAUCAGAAGGAUAAUCGUGAAAUCGAAGAUUCGUCUGCGAUUAUGACAGAGCUUAGAAAUCACUUGUCUGGGACUUCUCAGGAUGUUUCAGAAAUAAACGAUUCUAUGGUAAACGAUUAUGAACUCGGAACGGAAGAAGACAAGUUUUUUCGUGGCCCUUCGGGGCAAACGAAAGAAAAGAAAACGACGAUUGAUUUUAAAAAGGAUUCUUACAGCGUUACUCCGAGGCCUUCACAAUAUAUUCCAUCCAUUUCAAAAGAGACAAAAACUACUGAAAUCUGGUACGAUACACGCACCAGACGCAGCACCUCGUCUUCGAGAGAAGCAGAAGAAACAGAAACAGAAACAGAAAAGAGCGAAGAUCAUACAAGCUCAACAGUCAACGGAGAAUUAUCUUCCAAAAAGAUCACGAAACAAAUAAGAACCGAUCAAAUUCGAAGAAAACCAACGAAGGAGUUAUCCAAAACUUGGAGAAAAUUAGUCCCAAAGACGGUGGAUUCUUCAAAGACAAAAAUAAAGUCUAAUUCGAGAAAAUACGAAACAACGGAAGCUCCGGAAGCGUCUGAAGCUCCCACCAACGAAACUUUAAUAGUCUUUAAGAAAGAGAACGAAAAGAGAAAGAGGAAUAUACCAAAACUGAUUUCGAGAAAAAAGGACAAACAAGGGGAUCAGCAUAAUUACAGGAAACGAAGGAAGACACUGAGACAUAAAUUACACGCAAGAGAAGAAGAUAUUUCGCAGCUAUACAACGACAAAAUAUCGAACGUGAUAAAAAGAAACAUAGACGAGUGUAAGACAAAAGAGAAAAGGGAAAACUUGAAAAGAGAGAUACAGGAAGAUUUAAGAAAUAACGAGGACUAUGAUGGUAGGGUCGAUCUAAAGAAAGUCGCAUAUUUUUCGACUUACGAACCGAUCGAUUACGAUACGUUGAAAAAAGAAAAACAAGUACAUCGAAAAAAAGACAGAAAAUAUAUUCCCUUGAUAGGUAUCGUCGGGCCUUUGAAGAAAAUCCAAGAUAAAUCGGUCGAAUCUAAAAGCUAUCUAGUAGAUCCACGUGUCAUACUCCAUACAAAAUACGAUGGAGCAAAGUCAAGAUUAAUUCAAUCGUUAGGAUUCCCAUAUAAUAUUAUAGAUGAACGUAAACGGUACGAUAAGGAUCAACUUGCUUUUGGUAAAAGAUAUUAUGCUCUGGUCGAUUCUACGAAGGAGAAAGAUCCAUGGCUGUUUCGGUAUCAAAGAAAAUUAGAAGAGAAAUUGAGGAAUGCUUAUGAAAGUAACGGGAGAGAGAAAUUACCGGAAUACUCGAAGGUACGUACGUUAGAGUUACCUAUUACCUAUAUAUACGACAAAUCCGAAGAAACAAUCGAUUCGGAAGAAACUUUAAAAUCACGAGCCUACAAAUAUCAAAUUGAUGCUAUCGAUUCCACGAUUUACGAUCCAGAAUUGCAAACACAUGAAUAUUCUUCGGAAUCAUUGAUGUAUGAUGACGAUUCAAUGGCAAACGUUUACAAUUUAAUUCUCAAGCCGAAAUUGUACAGAGGAUCGAAGAAUAAUCAGAAUCAAAAAAGUGCACCGAUUUUGUAUCUUCUACAAAAUACAAAAAGAUUAAAUGACGUACAGAAACAAUCGGAUGUCGAAUCGUAUGUUUUGGAACGUAGAAAAGGGAAUGAUCAUUCGGAGGAAGAAUCUGAAACUGUUAAUAAUUCUACGUAUUCUGAACGAGACGAAGAUGAGUCGAUUACAAUAAACCCAAGUCCGAUAGAAAAUUCCGAGAAAAUCGAAGAAAAUUCUAAGAUUGACGAAAAUCAAGAAAACGUUGAAAAUCAUCGAACUCGAAGAGACGUCGAAGAGAUGAAUUCGAUAUUAAUUAAAAAACUAUCAUUAUCACCGUACGAAAGAAAUAAAAAGACAAGGUCAAAACGAUAUGAUUAUUUGAAUUUAAACAAUGAUCUUUCGAUCGAUGAAUCGAACGAGAAUCCAAAAGGAUUUUCAAAAUUAUUGAAGAGACCAAAUCUUUUCGAAAGUAUAUUUGAUAAUCCAACAAAAAAAUCAUUAUUAUCUUUCGACACACGUUACACAAAAAAUCAUCGAACCAACAAGGAUCUUUCGAAAAGCGUCAUUCCUUUUUCCAAAGACAAAGACCUUACGGAGAGUUUAGAACACAUUUUAUUCGACGAUGACGAUAUAAGUGAAAAAGAAGAAUAUUUAACAUCUGAAAAACAUUCGAUCGAUCUUGACAAAGAAAUACUGAAUAACGAAAUAAACCGUGAAAAUGAAGAUUUUAAUGCGUAUCGAGAUACAUUAAAAAUGUUACCUUCAAUGAUACAAAAAAAUAAGCUCGAACAUCGACAAUUGCAAGAUACACAACGUAUAAAUAGUAAUUCAAAUAAUUACGAGAUAAGUUCUUCACGAUACAACAAUAACAUGCUUCAAAAUAAAAACGAAAUGUUUAAAAAUCCGAAAUUAAAUUUAAAACAGAUAUACAGUUAUAUAAAUGAAAAUAAUAAUGAACAAUUGGAAGAUAUAAAUCAUGAAGAUUUAAAUAAAGAAUCAGAGAAACUUGAUCAACUUUGGGAAUUCAAUCCAUUAUUAAUUUCGGAAGAAGAAAACUAUGUAGUAGAUAAUUUUUUGAAACCAUUUUUACGGCACAAUUCUCUAAUGAAAAAUAAUGACCAAAAGAAUGAACCGAAUGGCAGUAAUAAAUCAUCGUUCUUUCUUCAAGAGACUAUUCCAAAAUUACAAAAAGUAAUAACCGAGAGAUUUGACACAGCGCAGAACGUAACUGAGUCUUUGGAAGAAUUUACGGAAAGCUUCGAUAAAAAGUUCAACGAGACUCUACUGAAAGAUGAUCGAAAUAAAACUGCAACUUCGUUCACGAACACGAACUUUUCAAAUGAUGAUAGGCCUACGAGCAUUUAUCAAAUGAUUGUAACGAAUGCGAAAAAAUUAUUCACUUUCUUAUCUGACUUUGUUCAUAUGCUCUAUAGAAAAUGAUAAAUUUAUAAUAACGUUAUUUCAUUUAUAUUUUAUACGUUCAUAUCAUUUCUUUUUAAAAAUACAAAUUAUGCAACUUAGCUAUAACUUUUUAAUACUUAAUUGAGAAUAUCAGAUUUGUAAUAAACUGUACACGUGCGUCUAAAUGUAAGUACAUAAGAGAGAGAAGAAAAAAUAAGGUAGUGCAAUAAAUGACAUCUAUAAAUAAUA